GAAAUGUUCCCAUGGCUCAUGAAACAUCUCCCAGGGCCCCACAAGAAGGCCUUGUCCUGCAGAGAGAUGGUGGUUUCAUUUGCAAAGGAGGAGAUAGAGAAGCAUAAGGAGAAUCAGUCUCUGCAUGAGCCACAGGAUCUCAUUGAUUUCUAUCUGCUUCAGAUGGAGAAAAACAAGAAUGACCCACAGUCCACCUAUGACGAAGAAAACUUGGCUCAGUGCAUUUUUGACCUCUUUGUAGCAGGGACAGAGACAACCACCGGUUCUCUGAAAUGGGCACUUUUCCUCCUGGCAAGUCAUCCAGAUAUCCAAGAUAAAAUGCACAAGGAAAUAGAAGAUGUCAUAGGUUCUGCUCACUCAAUCUGCUAUCAAGAUAAGAAGAAACUGCCCUACACCAAUGCUGUGAUUCAUGAAAUGCAGCGCUUCAAAUAUGUCCUUUUUUGGGGGUUGCCUAGGCAAUGUACAAAGGAUGUGAAGCUGUGUGGUUUUCUCAUUCGCAAGGGGACUAUUAUUGUUCCUGAUCUGCGCUCUGUUCUUCUUGAUCCAACACGAUGGGAGACAGCUGCAGAGUUCAACCCAAAUCAUUUUUUGGACAAGGAUGGACAAUAUGUGGCUCGAGAAGAGUAUCUCGCAUUUGGUGCAGGGGCUCGCAUUUGUUUGGGAAUGCAGCUGGCAAAGAUUGAAAUAUUCAUCUUCCUGACCAGCCUGCUGAGGGCAUUCAGGUUCCAGCUGCCAGAAGGAGUCAAAGAACUCAAUCAAGAGGCUAUAAUAGGAACUGCAGCACAUCCCCAUCCUUAUAAACUCUGUGCCAUUCCCCGUUGCAACACAUAAUGAAAUAUGAAAAUAUUAGGAGGUGCCCCCCUGCUUCCUCCACUCAGUGACCCCUUUGCCACUCUGGACACAUGAACCCCCUAGAA